GAAAACCUUUUGAUAUUCUGACCAUCCUUAAUGCUGCAGUGGCCAAUAUAAUCAUCUCUAUACUGCUUGGUCACCGAUUCAGUUAUGAUGAUCCCACUAUACUGAGGCUCAUGGGUUUGAUUAAUGAAAACAUAAAGCUUAUGGGUUCUCGUUACGCUCGGCUGUACAAUAUCGUUCCAAAAUUGUUCGACCUGAUUCCAGGACCUCACCAUAAAAUUUUCGAAAAUAUGAACCAGAUGCAAAAUUUUAUAAGAGGAACGUUUACUAAACAGAAGAAAAAUCUAGAUGUAAAUGACCAGAGGAAUCUUAUUGAUGCCUUCCUGGUGAAGCAGCAAGAGGGAAAAACAGAAUCCACGCAGUAUUUUCACAAUGAUAACUUAACCGCAUUGGUGAGCGAUCUUUUUGUUGCUGGAAUGGAGACAACCACCACCACGAUGAGAUGGGCAAUACUGCUAAUGAUGAAAUAUCCAGAAAUACAAAAGAAAGUUCAAAAUGAAAUUGAUAGCAUUAUUGGCACGGUUCCACCUCAAGCAGAGCACAGGAAGCAAAUGCCCUACACCGAUGCCGUGAUUCAUGAGAUCCAGCGGUUUGGGGAUAUUGUACCAGAUGGGGCUCCACAUGAAACUACUCAAGAUGUCACAUUUAGAGGAUAUUUCAUUCCAAAGGGCACCACUGUGUUCCCAUCGCUGUACACAGUACUGAGAGAUGAAGCCUAUUUUGAAAAACCCUUUGAGUUCUAUCCGGAGCACUUUCUGGAUGAAGAAGGACAUUUCAAAAAGAAUGACGCCUUCAUCCCAUUCUCUAUAGGUAAAAGAAGUUGUGCUGGUGAAACUUUGGCCAAAAUGGAGCUUUUCCUCUUCUUCACAUCCCUAAUGCAGAACUUCACCUUCCAGGCUCUCCCCGGGGCUGAGAUAGACCUUGAACCAGCAGAGGCAGGAACUCAUGGACCAAAACCUUACCAACUUUGUGCAGUAUCUCGCAGCUAAUAUGUAUAUUUAACCAAUGUAGAACAAACUAAGCUACGUCAGCAUAGA